AUGUCCAAUUUCACUGCCUCACCAUACAAUUUCUGUAAAUUAAACAUUUUGGACUUGAAAGGUGUUUUGAAUGAAGCCAUGGCUACAGAUUCUCCUCGAAGACCCAGUCGAUGUACUGGUGGAGUUGUGGUUCGUCCUCAGGCUGUCACAGAACAGUCCUACAUGGAAAGUGUUGUGACCUUUCUACAAGAUGUGGUGCCACAGGUAACCUGCGGAGACAACAUUCAGUCUUACACUGCCACAGUCAUUAGUGCUGCUAAAACUCUGAAAACAGGCCUGACAAUGGUUGGGAAAGUGGUAACCCAGCUGACAGGCACGCUACCUUCAGGUGUGACAGAAGAUGAUGUUGCCAUCCAUAGUAAUUCACGGCGCAGUCCAUUGGUCCCAGGCAUAAUCACAGUUAUUGACACCGAAACAGUUGGAGAGGGCCAGGUUCUUGUGAGUGAGGAUUCUGACAGUGAUGGUAUUGUGGCUCACUUCCCUGCUCAUGAGAAGCCAGUCUGCUGUAUGGCUUUUAAUACAAGUGGAAUGCUUCUAGUCACAACAGACACACUUGGCCAUGAUUUUCAUGUGUUCCAAGUUCUAACUCAUCCUUGGUCCUCGUCACAAAGUGCUGUCCAUCACCUCUAUACUCUUCACAGGGGAGAAACUGAAGCCAAAGUACAGGACAUUUGCUUCAGUCAUGACUGUCGCUGGGUUGUGGUCAGUACACUGCGGGGGACUUCUCAUGUUUUCCCUAUCAAUCCUUAUGGUGGCCAGCCUUGUGUUCGUACACAUAUGUCGCCACGAGUAGUGAAUCGUAUGAGUCGUUUCCAGAAAAGUGCUGGGCUGGAAGAGAUUGAACAAGAACUGACAUCCAAGCAAGGAGGUCGUUGUAGUCCUGUGCCAGGCCUGUCAAGUAGUCCGUCGGGUUCACCUUUACAUGGGAAGCUGAACAGCCAGGAUUCCUACAACAAUUUUACCAACAACAACCCUGGCAACCCUCGACUCUCUCCUCUCCCCAGCUUGAUGGUAGUGAUGCCUCUCGCACAAAUCAAGCAGCCGAUGACAUUGGGGACCAUCACCAAACGAACAGGCAAAGUUAAACCACCUCCUCAAAUUUCACCCAGCAAAUCAGUUGGUGGAGAAUUUUGUGUAGCUGCUGUCUUUGGGACAUCCAGAUCAUGGUUUGCAAACAAUGCAAGUCUGAAAAGAGAAAAAGAUCAGUCAAAACAAGUUGUAGUUGAAUCUCUCUACAUUAUCAGCUGCUAUGGGACAUUAGUGGAACAUAUGAUGGAACCACGACCCCUCAAACCCCUCAAUGGAAUGAGUUGCAACCACCAUUUAACGCGAACCACCCCCUACUCCUUGCUGCCGAUGCAGUACAGUAUUAUCAGUUCCUGCUUGCUGGCCAGUUAG